ACCCUCCUCCGGAUCGCCGCCGCCGCCGCCGCCGCCUCCGCCUCCGCCUCCGCCCCCGCGCCUCGUUCACCCUCUCUCUUUCUCGUCCUCGUUCGCAAAGCACACACCGCGCGUAUUCGCGAGGAUCCAUCGUAAAACGACGAGCAAGAGAGUAUACGAGGAGGACGCGGGGCCGUGUCGUCUCUCACGCGCGUACAUGCCAUCCGUACACAUACAACGAGGAUCGGUAACUCGUAGUACGUUUGGAUACGGGAAGGAAGACUAUAGACAUCAACACUGUCUAUAGGAGACCGACGACGAGGACGAGGACGACAACGGGGACGACGACGCCUGUUUGCCUCUCGCGCCGAUCCGCCCGCCACCCGUUACCCGCCACCCGCGUUUUGCCUGUACAAUUUUCUACGACCCCUCGCACGCAUAGGGCUCCCCUGAACCACCGCCUCUCUUUUCGCUUAUUCAAUAAAACAUAUUUCAUUUGUAUUUACACGAGUUCGGUAGUUGACUGUGCGGAUUGUGCUUAAAAGAUUCGUUGGUUAUUUCGCAACGCGGCGGCUCAUCGACGACAACGAUAACUCGUGCGUGUCUCGUGCAAUUCCUGUGCCCCAAGGACUUGAUUUUAUACUCUUAUCCGUCAACGAGCACGACAGCCUCGACAGAAUGGGGAACCUCGGAAAAACUCGGAGAUAAAUUAUUCUUAGUGCAGCGUGGCUGGUGCGAUUCGUAUAACUCGCAGCUUCCGCAGAUUAUGAACGCCUCGACGCCUAAUUCAUUAGCUCAAAAGUACGCGAGUGUCCAACACCCAAAAAUUCGUCGAGGAGAAAAGUGGGAACGCGCGGCCGAUUCAACGGAUGAAGCGAAAAGUCCACGGGCAACGUGUGCACCGCGAUUAAUUUUCUGUGAAAUAUUCAAGCCAAGUUUUGUCAGGCAUUGAAACAACUGAACCCUCGGCGUUGAUUAAAACGAUCGUAUUUUUCGAAAGGAAGCAAUGAUGAACAAGAUGAAGAGAAAAAUAUUGGAAUAGUGAAAAUAAGAGCCUACAUUGACAUUUACGGUUGUGUACCGUCGGAGGGUGAAAACAAGGCUUCUAUGGAUUUUUUCGCGGUCACCCCGUCAACCUGGUCGAGAAAUCGUUGAAUUUCGCCGUCGCCGUUCGCCUCUCCCUUCCACCCCUGCUCGCUCGCUCGCUUUCGCGCGCGCAUACAAACGCGCAAACACACAACACACACGCACACGUACGCGCACGCAUACAGUGACGUACACACGCGCGAAAACAAACACGCACGCGCGCGCGUAUACUCCGAGUAUACUUCCAAAAGUGAACAUCUCGCGCAGCAUAUCAGUGAAUUUCAACUGCGAAAUAUAAGGAAAAGCUAAAAUACCUGUUUUAGCUGUUAAUCGCAAACUAGUCGAAGAGAGAGGGAUAAACAUGUUUUACCAUGACGAGAAAACUAUCAUCGUCCAACUGAUGCAACCGUGAUUAAUACUGCACAUAUUUUCCGAUCGAUCUCGUCCUCCUCCCCUGCCGAAUAAGGAUCCGAUAAAAAGUGAAAACGUAUAAAAUUUUUCGAGACAAUUCUACUCCGAUGGAACAGCACUUGUGAACCACACGAGCCUCCGUUAAAGUUUACAUAUUUAAAGGAAUUAGUGCUCGUGCGUGCGUGCGUGCGCGUGUAGUCCUUCGAGAUCACUCGUAUACACAGAUCUCUCUCGCUCCUUCUCUCUCUCUCUCUCUACGUAUGUAUGUGGAUAAAUAUCAUAUCGGAUACAUGUUUCCGGAGGCAGUGAAAAUUGCAUAUCUCUAUUUUCCUUCGUAUCUCUUCCCUCUUCUCUUCCGCAUCAUUUUAUCAUCUUCGUAAAUAUCUAUAUAAUAUUAUAUAUAAAUUAUAUGGUGAAUCGAGCGCAGCCGAAGGAGGGUUUCUUCGGCAUUGUGAGGUGCGCGUCUUGGGGGCCUAAUGCGAUCAACGAGUUAUGAAAUAAGCCGAUCAAGCUCCAACAUCUUUAAAAUAUAUCGAACUCUCUACCCACACGAUAUAUAUAUACAACAUAGAUCAAUCUAAACGUGUAUAUAUACAUACAGACAUAUUUAAUAAUACGAACAAACGAAUAUACAUAUAUUUAGACGUAUAUAUAUAUAUACAAAAGACGAGUUUCUUUCGUUGAUGAAUGUAUUCUUAUACACAUAAAUUUAUGCCGUUAACAUAUCCAACAUUGGAUUGUACUCGUCGAGCACCAGCUCGCGCGAUAUCAUCAAUCGAAACUACGCUAAUGAAAUAAGGUCAAAUCCUCCGACUCGAGCCGCUUCCUGCUCACAUGUGCGUUACGUGUGUUGUUACGUUCCCUACGGAAGAUACAUGUGAAAAAAUCUGUCACGAUUCAGUGUCGAAUCGUCCUUCGGUAAGAGCUUGAGCAUUAUGUAAUAAUUCGCCACGAAGACACGCGAGGGACUCGUGAUUCUCGUGAACCCAGAACAAACAACCUGACGAGGAAUCAACAAGAAGAAACGAACAAAAAGGCCUACUUUGCGCUCCAAUUAUACAACGAGGAAAUUAAGAGCCUGCUUGAUCCUUAUCUUUCAAUUCGUUUUGCAAUAUGGAUCGCUUCAUGGGAAUUACGCUCUGCUUCGGCAUACUCUUCCUACUAAACUUCGGCACGAGCCAGCAGCAAGAAGAGGACAUUCCUCAUGUUUCGGUAAGAAACUGGGCGAUCAAGUUUGGCGUGGAUCUUUGGGAGUUCGGCAGACAGGCGACGAAGAUGAGCGACAUACAGAGGAGAUAUCAUCACUACGAGGCAAGCGUCGCCAAAAAAGACGGCCUAAUGCUGGUCAGAGAAAUGGCUGCUGAAGUGAAGAACAUGAUGGACUUUAAAAAAAAUGCUGUCAUGAGAUUAGUGGAGAGCGCCGAACAAGCGGCGGUUUCGCCUCCCAAAGAGUCCAUAUCGUCACCAAAGUACUAUUCUUCGCACAACUUGAACGUCUUCACCGAUGAUGGCAAAGUCGCUGAGGGAGCUCGCAAAAUGUUCCUAGUACCGAAUCCUCAUUUCGAUCGCUUACCUGUUAAUAUUAAUCUCUCAGCUGUCCUGCUACCCGCAGGUGUUCAAGAUACCGAUGAUCAAGUCGCCGCAGGACUACUGUGGAGCGAUUACCUCAAUCCGAUUUUCGUAAAUAAUUACGAGAGCGAUCCAACCCUCUCCUGGCAGUAUUACGGGGCUACUUCCGGUUUUUUACGACGAUUUCCAGCAACGGCUUGGCCACCGAGAGGCAAGGAAUCUCGGAGCAAAUAUUCGGAAGAAAACCCGGAGGUAUUCGACUUCCGGAUGUUAGAUUGGUUCGUCGGUGGGGCAACGAGUCCGAAGGAUUUGGCAAUAGUGUUGGACAGCGGAAGUUUUUCAUCGAGAAAGACGCGAAGUCUUGCAAUAACGACCUCGAAAUUAUUGUUGGAUACACUUGGACCGAAUGAUUACGUGAACGUGUAUCGUUACGGGGAGAAUGCCGAAGAAACGGUUCAGUGUUUCAAGGACAGCUUGGUUCAGGCAUCUCCGGAGAACGUUAAAGAAUUGAAAAAUUCACUCUACACCAUACAAGCGGAAAGUACGUCGAACGUCUCCGCUGCUAUUGGCACAGCUUUCGAAAUACUGUACAAGUACAAUAAAACGAAUCUCGGAGCGCAGUGCAAUCAAGCGAUAAUGUUGAUAACGUCAAAUACCGAAGCACCUUCGAAAGAACUUAUAAAACGUUACAACUGGCCUCACAUGCCAGUUAGAAUUUUCACGUACCUACUUGGUGGUGAUAAAAGUCCCGACCUCAAGGAGACUGCAUGCGAAAAUAAAGGUUUUUACGCGAGAAUAACUUCCAUCGAGGACGUGAAGAACAAAGUUUUUGAGUACGUCAAGUUAUUGGCGAGACCGAUGGUUCUUUAUCAGCACGACCAUCCGAUUCAUUGGACACCAGCAUACAUCGGUGGACAGACGAGUCGAUUCGGUGCGGAGGAACAAGGACAGCUGAUGACUUCUGUGACUGCGCCAAUUUUAGAUAGGCGAAAUCACACGGUGAAAACUGCAAAUCUCCUAGGAAUCGUUGGGACUGAUGUUCCAAUCGAACAAGUUCAAAAACUAGUACCAGGUUACAAGCUUGGAGUAAAUGGCUACUCCUUUAUAGUCGAUAACAACGGUCGAGUUCUGUACCAUCCAGAUUUGCGUCCACUCCCCGGAAGUCCAAACUAUUCGGAAACACUCAAGCCCAAAUACACUAGUGUUGACUUGUCGGAAGUGGAAUUGGCCGAAUUUGACGGACCCUCGCAUUCGUUGAAUAAUUCCCUUUUGCUUGAGCUUAGACGUGAUAUGAUUGAACAAAAAGAGGGAGAAACGAGUUUUGCGGUGAAAAUACACUAUGACGAUAUGAAGAGGGUCACGAUAAGGCGACACAAUUAUUUUUAUGAACCGAUCGAAGGGACUCCGUUCUCUCUGGGACUUGCAUUGCCCGAAGGUUACGGCAUGCUAGAAGUAAUUGCCGAGCUGGAAAUAAAAUUGGAGAUCAUAAAUGUGACCGAUUAUCUCAAUGGCACCAAUUGGAAAGUGCAUCCUGAUUGGGUCUACUGCGAGUACAGCUCGGCCUCGGAAAAACGUUUUGCUUCCCCAGAGGAACGUAUACUCCACUUCUUGGCUCGUAGCCGUAUGCCCGGCUGGAAGUGGAUGUCAUUGAGACCAAGGAGUCCCGGCUCGCACGACAAACAAGCGAGCAAGCCAGACAGGGAUGCAUAUUAUUGUGACAAAAGAUUAAUACAAUCUAUCGCAUUGGACGCGAUAGUAACGAGUGGAUUUAAUAAUAGAGACAGUAGUACGAUGCACAAGGAAGAGAAUCCGAGCCCCCUUGCCAUACUGAUGGCUCUACUGCACAGCCAAGGAAAGGGUAGAUUCGGGGUUGCAAGGAGCUUCAUUGCAACAAGGAGUGGCCUCUUAAGAUGGCACGACCAUGACGAUAAUAAGGAGCUCGAAGACGAACCGAAUUUUGCGGAGAUGAAUAAGAGAGCUAUGGACAUGUCCUGGUACAAAAGAGCAGCUGAACAGCAUGCGAUCGAGCCAGAGAGCUUCGUAUUCAGUGUGCCCUUCAACGCCGCUGAACUUUCUGAACCACUGGUGACGGCAACGCACGCUAUAUUUUUCGAGGGUAAGACCCACAAAGCACCCGCUGCUGUCGUGGGCUUGCAAUUUCAUCAUUCGUCUCUGGCGUCUCACUUCAUGAACAUCACGUCCACGUGCGCUAAAUGCAAAAAGAACUGUGCAUCGGAAGAGCUUGACUGUUAUAUUUUGGAUAACAGUGGAUUCAUCAUCAUAAGCGAGAGUCAUGAGCACACUGGCAAAUUUUUCGGUGAAAUUGAUGGUACCAUAAUGGACUCCUUGGUUCAAGAUAGAAUUUAUCGGAAAGUCACGGUGGUUGAUUAUCAAGGCGUUUGUCUUCCACAAGAACAGUAUUUGUCUUCAGCACCGAGAGUCGUGUCCAAUUCUAUGCUCAAACUCUUAAAGACGAUCCUCGGUUACUUGUGCAGUUCCUUUUCGAGCUUGGGUCUCUACGGAUUAUGGAGUCCGAUGGUAACGCGGGCUGAGAAUCCGGAAAAUCCAUCAGACGAUUCGAUAUACAAAGAUGACAACGCGAAUCCGUUCGAUUCGUACCCUCCGAGCUUGACCGAAGACCCGACACCGGGAAGCGACUCGUUUCCGCCUUUCCCCGCUGUUGCUCCUGCACCAGCUGCACCGCCAACGACUCAUGCAACAUCCGCGCAGUAUCCUCCCCACAAGCUGCGCUCUUGUGAGAAAAAAACUGAUCUGUACAUCCUUCAACCCGAACGACUGAACACAAGUGGUCAGAGCUAUCCGUUAAAAGGAAAAUUGACCAAUUGUCAUGUUACUCGAUGCGAAAGGCCAUUCAGCGUCCAGAAAAUUCAACAUACAAACCUGAUAUUAUUGGUAGUGGAUACGCUGUGCCCGUGCGGGAGCAAACAAUUGAGCAUCGAGCCGAUCGAGGCGAUUUCGGAACCGGGUGCGUGCACCGCACGGAGAGAGCGCUUGUAUCGUCGUCGACCACCGAAAUGCACGAAUUAUCAUCCGGAAGAGAUGGAAAUAAAGUUUUGUGGUAGCGGGUAUCAAGCUGGAAUCUCCCUCGGUCUCCUAUUAGUAUCAAUGGCAAUGCUGGUGCGAUUUACGUGACUCGAUGAGCACCAAGAGGAUUAAACGGUACUAAAAAACCUAAAAAAAAAAGAAGAAAAAAGCGAGGACGAACCGUAAACUAGCAAAAAAAAAAAAAAAAAAAAACUCGCCACCUGCGAAUCGCAGUUGUAUACCGAUAAACGGAAACGAAAAAUAAUAUAUUUCAAUGGUGAAGAGCCUGUACGAUUGUUCAACAUUAUUUGAUUUCCGAUGAGCGAUGAAUCUCGAAUAAAAUCUAGGAAAAUCGAGGAAAAAUAUA